GAACGGAAGAAAAGGUAAACUAGUCCGAGAGCCGUUGAGAGGGUGGAAGCUCGGAUCCAGUGUAGCAACAAAAUCUACAAUCAUCCGAUUUUAUAGCGCAUUUACUCUACAUUAUAUCAUCCAGAUUACUUGAAGAGAUACUCGCGUGAUGGCUUGUGGAGCAACUCUGAAGAGGACUAUGGAUUUUGAUCCACUAAUGAGCCAGGCUUCACCUAAACGGAGGAGGUGCGCCCCGAUAAUGUCUCCGGUCUCCUCUUCACCUCAGAAGUAUCUGCGUAUGGAGCCGUCGCCGUUUGGAGAGGUGUCGUCCAGACUCACCACAGAGCAAAUUCUACACAACAUCAAACAGGAGUACAAGCGGCUGCAGAAGCGACGACACCUGGACAGUGCUUUCCAGCAGGAAACCAGCGGCUGUCCUCUGGACCUGCAGAACGCACACAGUGGAUCUGCCCUACCAGGUACGUCCUCAGGUGCCGCGUCUCCCACCAGGAAAGAGCAGCCUUUAUUUUCCCUCCGACAGGUCGGGAUGAUUUGUGAACGACUGCUGAAAGAGCAAGAGGACAAAAUCCGUGAGGAGUACGAUGAGAUCCUGACGACAAAACUCGCAGAGCAAUAUGAUGCAUUUGUGAAGUUCACGCAUGAUCAACUGAUGCGAAGGUUCGGAGAGCAGCCUGCCAGCUAUGUUUCCUGAGUGUCAGCGUCUGAUAUUGAGAAAUACACUUUGCUGCGAGCCACUCCGGGGCCUCGGUGGGUCUAGUUGGACUUUUCUCCUAGCUGUGCCAUAUCGCCUCUAUGUGGACUCAGUUUGUGGCGUCCACGUUGGCUGCGUCUACCAGAGUUAGGAGGGCUUCCUGCUGCCAACCUUGUUCAAGGACUCUCUGAGACUCUCCCAGUGGCCUCUCAACUGCCGUGUCCAUAUUUAUUUGGCUUUGUUCUGACGCCUUCGUAAAAGGCUGACCGCCACCACACACUUGGCCUUUCUUUGAUUUUAUUUUGUUUAUGUCAAAUUUAGUUAUUUCACAGAGAGGAUGUUAGCUGUGCAGCUUCUCUAUAUUGUACAUUUUGAAAAAAGGGAUUGAACGUUGACGAGUGGAUAAACCGAGACCGCCUUCAGACUGGACUCCAGGAACAGGCAUCUUUUCAGCAUUGUUUUAAACUGUUCUGGCAGUUACUGCUAUUACAUUUGUAUACACUGUAUUUUUAAACAUUUUUUGCUUGACUUUUUUGUUUAUUGUAUCAACAUUUCAUGAUUUUAUUUGCUGUAGGUAUAAAGGGGCUUUGAUUCAAGAAAAGCAAAACAAAUAAAGUGUUUACACAAAUCUU